CCUCAACAUCAUCCUGGGAGACAAAAGUUACCAUUGGAUAUACUACAUACUAUCUUCACCUUUUUGUCUCAAACCAGCGCCCUUAUCGCUAUUUCCCCUACUAUUACGCGUCCUCACAAAAGCUCCAAGUCCAUACCUUCACACACACUAUCCCCCGUCAUCAUGGCAACCCCAUCAUUCAAGCUCCUGUGUUUGGAGAAUCCGCUCCUCGACAUUCAAGGUCAAGGUGACCAAGCAAUGCUGGAGCAAUAUGGAUUGAAACUCAACGACACCCUCCUUGCGGAGCCCCACCAAAUGGGUCUCUAUGAAGAUCUCAUCAACAACCGCAAUGCAAAGUUGAUCCCCGGUGGUGCAGCCCAGAACACCGCUCGGGGUGCUCAAUACAUGCUCCCUCCCGACUCGGUCUGGUAUAUUGGAUGUGUGGGCGAUGAUGAGUACGCGAGCAUUCUGCGACAGAAGUGUAAAGAGCAAGGUCUCCAUGUCGAAUAUCUCGUGGACCCAAAAAUCCCGACCGGAAAAUGCGGUGUCAUCAUCACCGACCACCACCGAACCAUGUGCACACAUCUGGCCGCCGCCAACGAAUACAAACUAUCACAUCUCCAAUCACCCGAAAUCUGGGCCAAGGUGGAAGCCACGACGACGGCAUUCUACGUUGGUGGAUACCAUCUGACCGUCUGCCCGCCUGCCGCGUUGGCUCUAGGAAAACACGCCGCUGAAACCAACAAAAUCUACAUGUUGAGUCUGUCGGCCGGUUUCAUCCCUCAAUUCUUCAAGGAUCCUCUUGCCGAGGUCGUGCCGUACUGUGAUUAUAUCUUUGGAAAUGAGAAUGAGGCCAAGACCUGGGCUGAGACUGCCGGACAUAAGGAUAUCAGUAUUCCCGAGGCGGCCAAGUUGAUGGUGGAACAGCCUAAGGUUAACACCAAGAGACCCAGAGUUGUGAUCAUUACCCAAGGCACGGAACCUACAAUUGUGGCGAUCAAGGAGGAGGGUAAGGAUGCUGAGAUUAAGGAAUUCCCUGUUGCGGCGAUCGAGGCCUCUUUGAUCAACGAUACCAAUGGAGCUGGUGAUGCCUUCGCUGGAGGCUUUGCCGCUGGUAUUGUUGAGGGUGAUUCUCUCGAAGUGGCUAUCAAGAAGGGUCAUUGGCUGGCUCGUCUGGGUUUGCAGGAGCUUGGUCCCUCAUACCCAUACCCCAAGCAGACCUACAAGGCAUGAUCAAUUAUCCAAUGUAUGGAGGGUCAUCGCAUCAACUAUUAGAGUGCAGGGCUUCAGGUCAUUCGCCAGAUUGCCGUACCAGGAAAGUGGCAUGAUGCCACUGCUAUGCUGCCUGCCAACCACAGUUUGGUAUGGCAAUUCUGACGCCUCAACGCGUUCAGCCUCAUUCAACAAGGCUGUAUUCCUGGUUUAUGAUACCAUGUCCUCCACGACUUGUUAAACGAAAUAGAUCACCAUCUGUGGUAGAGUUGGCGCCUCAGGCGAGGAGAAAAGGCAGGACCGGGUCAAAGUCCGAUGAUAAACGAAGCUAUAGCACAAAACACAAGUUCGGGCGAACGAGCAGCCUCGCUCCGCGCGAACCCGAAAUAAUGCCACCUGCAUUGAUAUGCUGGAAACCCUUGUCGAAGAUGGCCUGGUACAUGAUCGAGACUCACGCGGCGCUCUGCCAAAUCAGGGACUGCGGGACCGUGGACUCGAGCCAGACCCUGCCCUCAUCCCAAGUAAAGGCUUGGGAGCUAACAACAGCAAAGUCAUAGUCUCAUCCUGCCUGUCCACUGGUAGGGGCGCCGCUACUCCUAGGUCGAGAUUCCCCAAUGGCUCCGAACGAAGCUCUUUGUGGAGCCUGGCGUGAAAUAAUCUCUCCGUGAACCGAAGGGGAGAAUGACUGUACUGCAAAAGGUGAUGACGAAAGUUGCGACUGCUCCAAUCGAGGUCCCCAUAUUUUUAGAUGUGCUGGUGUCUCCGAAUAGUGGCUUGACAAUGUCGCUUGGAGCAACUCUGCGGGUGAUGACCUAUCUUGCAAUUGUUGCUCCUGUUGUGCAAGAUUGAGGCGAAACUGCGCUUGGGAAUUGGUCGUAAACGGCGUUGGAAAUGUAACUGUACUCGGCCGAGGCGAUGAUCCAGGCGUCUCACCCGGGAGAGGUGCAAAAGGUGAGUUGUAUAUGCUAGGCAAGUUCGGCCGACUUCCAACCGCGUCAGGUGGAAUAAAUGGGCUUGUAGGUCCCUGAUGAAGUUGUUGUACAAGAUCUCGAGCGGUGAAACUAGAGCCUUGAAGAUGCGGCAGCGCGCGAUCGGAAAAGGAUGACGCCGUUGGAGUUUUCAAGGUAGGAGUCAAUGGUUGAUCAGGCACCAUACUGCGAAACCCAGCACGUUGUGCGGGCUCGGGGUGUGUGAGAUCAUUGACCAUAUUCUCCAUUGUUGAUGUUGCAGAUUCGGUCAC